AUGGCGAACAAGGGUGUGGCGGCGCUGAGGCAGUUCACCCGGUGCAAGGGGAAGACCGGGGGGAGGAACUCUCAGGGGCGUAUAACCGCCUUCCACCGGGGCGGCGGGGCGAAGCAGCUGCUGCGCAAGAUCGACCUGAAGCGGAGCAACCCCGGGGUGGGAAUCGUGGAGAGGAUCGAGUACGACCCCAAUCGUUCUUCGAAGAUUGCUCUGGUUCGCUGGAUCGAGGGGGAGACGCCGCCACGAUGCCAGAGGGAGCGCAGCGCCGCGGGAGAGGAACAGUCGGCCUCUCUGCCGAAGAAGAUCCUCGAAUCCACCACCGCUACCACUGAUGGAGGCCGGUUUUCCUUCUCCACGCUGCCGGGGAGAGUGGAUCAGACUCCCAUCAAGAGCAUUAUCAACUCUGCCUUGUCCCCCUCGGCGAUUUCCGCCAAGGGGACGGCUGCACAUUCAUUUCCCUUCGAUGGCUUACGGGGCUUGCCGAGGAUUGCUGUGGCCGGAGCGAAGCCCUCUUUCUUCGCAUCUCACAUGAAAGAGGAACCGAUCGGGGAGACGAUUCCUCUCCGUAAGAUUCAGGAGUGGAGGCCGGAUCGCCAGAUUUGGAUCCACAGGAUGAAGCGGAAAGCAGCGAUCUCUUGGCAGAGUCUUAGGAAGCAUUCUACCCUGGCGGCGGCCGGAGCUCCUGCGUGUGAAGAAUCGAAACCGAAAGUGGAUCGAGGUUGGUAG